GAUGUAACCUCACCUUUUUUAGACAAAACGUCUCCGCAAUUACAAUUGAUUCGAUGGCAGUGACACUCUCCGUCGGUUUUGACGUUAUGCCUUAUUCGUUUUGAUAUGAAAAACAGUAUUACAAAUAGAAUCAUUUCGGUUUCAUUACUUUAUGAAAAAUAUUAUCAAAAUCUUUGGCAAUUGGGUUGAUUUUUUCCAAUUGGAUCUGAAUAUUUUCGAAUCCAGGAAAGCCAAUCUGUUUCAGUGAGUGACACAAUCGCGUAUAAAAAUUCAUUGCUCUGGACCUGUUGAUAGUGUGAAAAAAAUAAACCUGUCGAAAGCCUUAAAAUGAGAUUUUAAUUUAGAGAAACGAUGUCGUUAGAGAAAUGUCAAAAUUCUUGUGUAUUCCACGACUAAAAACCAAGGAGCUAACUCAUAAAGACAUCAAAUCUCGUAUCCGUGAAAUAAAGAUUCUUCGCUUGAAGAUAGUGUCAAAAGAUUCCAAAUUCCAAGAGCGCAAUAGCAGAGCUUUACGUAGUUUGAUAACGAUAUUACGGGAGAGUAAACGAAGUGAAUUGCAGCUCGUAAGCACACGUGACAUAAUUUCGUGUUCAGUAACAUUGCUAUCGCAUUAUGAGGAAAAGUUGCACAGAACGGAAGGUGGUUUUUGUGAUUGGAGGCGUCGCAGAGACUACAAAAUCGCAUUGUUUUGUUACAACGAAAUUUUGAGAUCAUUUAUACCAGAAAAAACUCAAGAAAUUGUGAAUUCCCUCGUCGAAGUAAUGCACAAAGAGAAACUCUGGCAUUGGGAACAUUUGUGCUGGGAAUUGUCUCGAGGCUUAUUGCAGCAAGGAGUCGGUGGCAGUCCAUUCGUGGACGCGCUUUUGGAUUUCGUGGAGAAUGAAAUGACUGGUUUUUACGAUGCUCGAGCGAUCGUGCGAAUCCUUUACGAGAUCCUAGACGUUUAUACGUGGUCAAAGGACCAACGAACAGUCUCGACGAUCGAGAGGCUCCUGAAGCUCUAUUACGCGAGUCUAAGCGGCAAUAAAACCGACGAUGUACCACCUUACGCGCCCUUGAGACGAGGUCUCGAAGUUUGUCUGCGUCAUACGAUAAAGAAUCUAACGAACGAGCAUCUUCUCGUGGUGAUUUAUCACAUGUGCGUUUGGUCGAUAGGUGACAAUACGUCGGACGUGACGAUACUGGAUUUUGGCAGCACUCUCGAAUACGCUGCUUACAUGCACGAUACUCGUCUCUACAAGGACACGCUGACGAGCAACAUUUUUCCGGUUCUUAUGCGCAUGAUAGCUUCGACGAACCGGCUCGUGAGUUUGCUGGGCAAUCGAGUAAUUCAUCAUCUUCUUGAUCGUCACGAAAAUCGAACGCAAUUCGACACGCCGAAAAUAUUUUUCGAAAAUAUGAGCUUCGAUUUGCGUGUCAGCCGUUAUGACAAGCAAGACAAACAUUUUCUCCAAGUUAAUCGUCAAAUUUUGCACGACAGUCUCGUUCAUGGGAUCAUGAAACACUCCGCGAUUCGUCUCAACCUCGAGUCAGUCUACUGCACAAUUUGCCUCAUCGCUGUCGAAGUACCCUGCGGUUUUACCGCAGCUGCUCUCGUUUGCCUCGUCAUGAAUCUGCAAGACUUGACCCUGGAACAAAGCGACUUGUCACGCCACAUUUCUUGUCACAUACACGCCACAGUCAUCGCCAUCAUGAGCCUCCUUUGCUGGAUUCACGAGGCUAAAGUUUUUUAUACUUGCGUAAAUAAAAUCAUGAUGCAAAGAGCUCAAUGGGCGCCGCACCUCAAUCCACCCAUCAAGCCACGAUACCGAUUCGCCAUUCAUCACGUACUUUGGGACAAGCCAGAAUUCUUCUUCGUCGACUGGGAAGCUCGGUACGGGCUGUGGAAGUGCUUUAGACUACGGGAAGAACACCGCAGAAUCACGGACGAUAGUUUGAAUAAAAAUUCCUGAGUUUCACAUCUUUCAAUGACAAA